CUUAUCGUCUUACUUCCUCUCUUGUCUGCCAGACCGGUUAACUUUAUUUUAAAGUUGUAAAUAUUUUUCCAUAUAACGGGAAUGUGGAAGGCGACAUCUACACGGUUUUGUAGUAGAUUACGAUGUGCAAGAUGUCGCCGACUUUGCUCAUCCCAGACGAAAAAGGGUGAUAUUCCAUUGUCGUUCAAAGACACUCCAACACCACCUCGAAAACCGGCUCCAAAUCCAAAGAAAGGAGGGUUUUUCGGGAAGUUUCUUGGCCUGACUACAUUAACAGCUGGAGGCUUGGUAGGAUAUGCCUGGUAUGAUUCAUCCUUCAAGAAAACGGUAGAAGACAAUGUUCCAUACUCCAAAGAAGCGUUUAGCUUAAUAUUUCCGUAUCUACCAGAUAGCAGCCUGGUGAAAAGCCUGCCAGAGAAAAAAUCUGAUGUUCCAUUUGUCCAAACAGACAAGAAUUGUCCUAAACCUAAAGACGCUGCAAGACCUGUGUCAAGUCAGAAGACUCAACCAGAGAAAACUCCUGCAGCAGGAUUGAAGGAGGAUAAACAGACGGAGAAAGAACGCCUAAAGCAGCAAACUGCACAGAUGUUGAAAGAGAAAGAAAUGGAAGAGGAAGCAGAUAAUAUUGCACUUGAAUUGAUUCUGCAUGACCUUAUGGUAGUCAGUGUUAAAAAUGCACAGAAGGCCAUCGAAAUGCAGAAGCAAGUUAUUAAUACCACCAAAGAGCACACACGACUUUUGAAAAAGGCUAUGGAUGAUACCAACGAGAUUUUAGAGAAGGACAACCAGUGGCAGGCAGUUAGCACUGCCUUUCAGCAGAGAGAGCAGGCUGUGAAGGAAGCUGAGGACAUUCUCUGUCUGGCUAGGACCGAUUUGGAGAAAUUGAAACAUGCUAUUGAAGAUGGUAAACAAAGCAAGAUUACGAAGCGGAAUAAAAUGAUCACACAAGCACAGGAAACUUUGAAUAAACAGAACAACGAACUAGGAAAUAUUGGUGCCCAGGUGUCAAAGGCCGAGUCUGAGGCCAAAAUGAUGUCCCAUUACAAAGAUCUUGUAGCCAAAGGUAGAAAGCAGUUUCAGAAAGAACUUGAAUCCAUUAUGCCUGAAGUAAAACUGGGGAAAAAAGGUGGCAAGUUAACUGAAGAUGAGUUGAACUCGAUGAUAGCUCACGCUCACUGCCGCAUCGAUCAGCUGCAGAAGCAGUUGGCCGAGCAGCUGAGCAUGGAGGCGCUGCACAUUGAGAAGGCUAUCGAAGAGCAGAUCAAAGAAGAUGAGAAACUCGCAUCCAUCAGACUCGGACUCGAGCUGGAGAAAAUGCAAGCCGAAUUUGAUGUUCAAAAAGAUAAUUGGACUGCAGAGGCGAGGGUUGACUUUGAGAAGGAACUGCGUGGUCAGCUGUCACGACAGGCAGCGGCCCACAGCGACCAUCUCAGAGAUGUACUCAAGAUCCAGCUGGAGGAACUGGAGGAACAGUUUGAGAGGCAGAUGCACGUCAAAUUGUUGGAAGAACGACAGAAUUUUCAGUGUGAAGUAGCUGGCUGGAUUUCGAGACUUAAAGGCAUUGAGGCAGCUGUGGAAGGAAGAGCGGAACAGGAGAAAAUGGCCAGAAUGGCCCAAGAAUUAUGGCUGGCGUGUUUGGCUCUGAAUGGCGCAAUCCGACUGGGCAACGAGGAAGGGAAGGAGUGGGAAGACAAGAUAAAACCACUGACUGAUGAGAUCGACCACGUGUCUGAUGCCUCAAGACAACACCCAUUCGUGGAGACGAUCAUCAGAACGAUACCUGAGGCGGCGAUCGUCCGCGGUGUCAUGACGGAAGAUGGUCUGAAGGAGAGAUUCCAGAAGGUGAAGGACAUAUGUCGCCGUGUUGCCAUGAUCGAUGCCACUUGCACGUCUCUGUUCAAAUACUUUGUGUCGUACAUACAGUCCAUCUUCGUGCUGGAUUCGGUGACUGCGAAAAGCGAGUCUGACGAGAUCGAUUUGGAUAAACUGGACACCUAUUCCAUUCUUGCACAAGCCAGUUACUUCAUGGAGCGAGGAGAUGUUGAAACAGCUGUUAAGUUCAUGAAUCAGUUAACGGGAGCGCCGUGCCUGGUCGCUGCUGACUGGAUAAAGGAGGCCAUAUUGUUGUUAGAGACACGACAGGCAGCUAGUACCCUGACAGCAUUUGCAGCCGCUAGUGGUCUCAGUUCUCAGUUUUAAAUAGUUGUAGUUCUGUAUGUGAGAGAUUGAAGUAUAUACAUAUUUUGUCUUUUUCCUGUCCGCUUUAUAAUCUAAUUUGUAUAUUAUUCCCGUAACAGAAGGUACAUUACUGAUCAACAGGGAUAUUUUAGUGCCAGUGUAAAACGUACGUUUCAUACAUUGACAUCACUUAUGAAACUACUUUUUUUCUCUUAACAUUUACUCACUGGUUCACACAUUCAUUGGAUUGCUGAUCGACAAGACUUUUUUUCACUCUGGUACAUGUGCAUUACUUGUUCAAAGCAUAUUUUCUUGAACUAUUCUCAGCUCAUUCAGAUUCAAAAUUCAACAUACCAAAAACAAAAUUAAUUUCAGUUAGUGAGAAAGAAACAUUUUGAAGAGAACUUUGGAAGCGUUGUCUGGCCCUGCUAAUUAAUUGGAACUAACAUUUUGAGAUUUGUUAAAAAUGUGUUUGUUUCGUAUUUUUUGAUGGUGGACACAUGAUGAAGAUAUACUUUCAGAUUGAUAAUAAUGACGACAACAUCUGUGCAAUCAAAUUUUAUUAUCUAUGGAUUAUUAAAAUUGUUGAAAAGUUUUCUCUUUUUUUUUAUGUAUUAUUAUAUACAGGGUUCAUUCAGCACUUUAAAAUUCUGGAAUAUACUGGGGGAAAAUGAUCCUGGAAAGUCCUUGAAUAUACUGAAAAAUCUUUAUAUAACCUGGAAUACCCUGCAAAACAUUAAAAACUACAAAUAUCAUUUGUUAUUUAAUCAAUAUAUAUGACUAAAAGUAAGGGGAGGUCAUAGAAUUGAUAUAAUUUUAUAAAAGUGUGUGCAUAUGUGCAAGUUUAAUUAUUUUGAUUUGAAAUUAGACAAAAAUAGUCAUUGAAAACUCUCUAUAAUAAUAUAGCAUUUUUUGUUCCGACUUGUUGAUAUAAUAAAAACUGGAACUUUCAACAAAGUAAAUACAUCAGUAAUGUUUUACAUGUAGUCUCCUACAGUAAGGAUAUUCUAUCUUGUGCUUGUUUGUCAGUGUAAAUAGAAUUAAGAUGCAUUUGUACAUGUACCAAUUAUGUUGAUACGUCUUUCGGUUUUUUCACCACAAGAUAGUAUUUCCUUCAGUGGAGCCAGUGCUUGCCGCUUUGUAUAGGUUGAAUUUUAACCACAAGUGCUUUAGUUGCAUGGAGUUUGUUAGAUACUUCUUGUUGAAAGAAGCUACAUGUGUAUAUAUUUAUUAUUCAAUGUGAAGAUUUAUAUUCCAGAUAAAUAUAAAAUGUGUGAUGGAUACCUGUUGGCUUGCAGAGACAUUUUGGCUUAAUAAAAGCAUUACACAUUA